AGGGCUCGAAAUCGCAACGCAAGUCGCAACAUAGCAGAGAAUACAUGGAACAUAACCUGACAUAACCUGGCAGAAUUUGCCUGCUUGAAUCUAUCCGUUGUUAUAGUGUCGCAUAAAAGUAAAAUCUGUGAACACCGCAACUAGUUUUAUGCAUUUUGCAUACUGACAAAGAGUGAAUUAAUCAAGAGAGAUAAAGAGAAAUCGCAAAAUGUCACAUGGAAAAGGAGGUAGAAGAAGCCGUAAAUAUCAUGAUAAAGACAAAAUCAAUUUGGGUGACAAAGGUAGAAAAGUGAUAGAAGACAUAGACGAGAACAGUCAUGUGGUGCAACAAUUCCAUAUUUACGCGGCCGAAUUAGACGCCAAGCACGAUCGUUAUGAGAGAAUCUUCAAGAUCAAUCGGGACGUGGGCAUCGAGAGCAAGAGGAUCAUCUUUCUCUUGCACACCAUUGACAAGGAGAGCAAACGAAGCGCUGUACUAGAAGCAGCCAAGACAAGACUGGACAGCGUAGCGCAGAAGUUCUUCCGAAAUAUCGCGAGUGAGCUGAAUGGGCAGGAUGCCUAUCAAUAUCACCGGGCCUAUCGCGGUGGUCUGGAAGAAUACAUAGAGGCGCUCUCGUUCCAUGAGUAUCUACAGAAUGCUGGUAUUCAAAACUGUACCAGCCUGGAAAAGGCAUUGACGUAUCGCGACACCCCAUCUCCAGCUGAUUUGCCAGAGGAGCAGGAUACCUCCAAGAUGAUGCAAGUCAUGGUCACACCAACGGACUAUAUUCUGGGAAUAGCUGAUCUGACUGGAGAAUUGAUGCGAAAGUGUAUCAAUAACUUGGCGAUAGGUGACGUAACCAGUUGUUAUCACACAUGUGACUUUGUCAGAAAAAUAUACAUAGCCUUCUUAGGAUACGCCAGUGUAGUGCACAACAACGAGGUGAACAAGAAGAUCAUCACGCUCAAGCACAGCCUGACUAAAAUGGAGAACGCGUGUUACACUAUCAAAGUGCGAGGAUCUGAAAUACCGAAGCACAUGCUGGUCGAUAUGGCCAUCGCGGCAGCCGAGGACUACGUCACAGAAGACGACGAGGGAUACCAGGCGUUUUAAUAUAUGACAGCCCAGAUUAUAUAACUCAGAUUAUUUAUUUUUUAAUAAUUUUUAAUUUACUGUAACUUAUCAAUUUGAUGCGAGACGAAAGUAAUCAAUAGCGUUUAAUUUGAUAAUUAUUGAUAUAAUCGAAAACUAAUUGAUAAAACUUUUUCGAUAUAUCUUCGAUUAUUUCAUAUAAUUUCACAAAGAUUAUAUAAUGUAAGAUACGAACGUUUUGAAGAGUUUGUAACACACUAGAUUAUUUUAACCAUUAUUUAGAAAGGUAUUAUUUUCAUUACGUAUCAGCUUAGACUGCGUUUCGAUAUUCACUGCCGAUAUUGAAAAUCUACAGUGUAUGUGACGUAAACCAUAGAUUUUCAGUACUGGCAGUGAAUAUCGGAAUGCAGCCUUAAUAUGCUGAUAAUUUUCAUUUGUUAUAAUCAGAGUAAUAUAUACUGGUAAUUUUCAUUAAUUUGACUAUGUUAUAACAGAGUAAUACUUUCCGACACACCAAAGAACAAUGUCGGUUGUGAUAUAUUAUUAACGUUUUUAUAUAUUUCUCUUCAAAUAAAACGUAUAGAAAAUA